AUGGUCCUGUUCCCUCACGAGGAGAAGAACAGCCGGAACUCCACCGUGGAGCAGCGGGUCCACGAACUGGAGCAGCAUUACAACGAGGCCAGCACGCUGCAGCACCUCCAAGCCACGCUGCUCUACGACAUGCAGGCCCAGCUCCACAACAUCUCCCUGCUGGCCGAAUGGGCUCGCCACAACCCCGGCUGCCUGGGGCCUGCCGAAAUGAGGUCGCAGCAGGAGGUGCACCGGCCAGAUGUGAAGCAUGCGAAGAACUGCCCGAUAGACUGCGCUUCCAUUUACUACAACGGGAUCCGGAGGUCGGGGGUCUACAGCAUUAUGCCCUCUGUCGGAGGGAUGCCGAUAGAAGUGCUGUGCGAAAUGGACACGGAAGGCGGAGGUUGGACCGUCAUCCAGCGACGGCAGGAUGGCUCGGUCAACUUCACCCGGACGUGGAACGAAUACAAAGACGGCUUUGGGGAUUUAAACAGUGAGUUCUGGCUAGGCAACGAGAACAUUCACAAGAUGACGAACCAAGGGGACUACUCGCUCCGCAUUGAUUUGGAAGAUUGGAACAACAAGCACAAGCAUGCCUUCUACCAGAUCUUCAGCAUCGAGGACGAGGCAAACUUCUACCGCCUCCACGUGGAUGGUUUCAGUGGGACUGUGGAGGACUCCUUUGCCUGGUACCACAACAAGCGGAGUUUCAGCACACCCGACACGGGGAACAUCUGUGCCGAGAUCUCCCACGGGGGCUGGUGGUACCAUCAGUGCUUCUUCUCCAACCUCAAUGGAGUGUACUACAAGGGCGGCAGGUACACCAUCAAAAACCGCAAGAUCCUGGGCCCAGACGGCAUUGUGUGGUACACUUGGAAAGACACCGAUUACUACUCCCUGAAGAAGGUCACCAUGAUGAUCCGUCCGCGCACCUUCCGACCCCAUCUCUCCCCAUGAAGGGACCAGGGACAUUUCUCCUAUCAGCUGAUCGCCAGCUCUAAAACAAGGAGGGAUGGGUGUGGAUUGUUAUAACUGGAGAUGGACGGGCUCCAGGGACCCCAAAAUAUCAUCCCGUUCACUGCUUGCUUCUGCCUGAGAGAAUGAAGACAACCACCAAGGAAAGAAAGCAAGGCCUUCAGCGCGGGGUUGGACAGUGAAGCCCUGUGUUUUCAAGGCCAGUUUGAGUGAAAUCUUAUUGUUCCUAGCCAAUAAGAACAAGCUGAGAACAGGCCGAAGAUGGAAGACCAUGGUCCAAGAAGAUCACUUUUUUUUAGGGGAACCAUGUAUGUGUUUUUACACGUCUUUCGGGAGAUACUGCCACGUAAUGAUUUGAGGGACUGCAACGCUGCCCUCUGCUGGAGGAACGUUGGACUUGCUUGUGUGCGGUAUAACAGUGCCCUCGGUGGGCUGGGCUGAUGGAGCUGCCACUUUGACUUCUCAGAUGUGUCAGCCCAACUCUGUAUGCCCCCUUUUGAUGGUGCUGGAUGGCUUCAGGCAUGGAUUGUUGGCUUGAACUUUUGGAGAGCCUGCAUAUUCUUGUAUGCAUUCAAGAAUGAUCAACUAGGAGGACACUCUAGAGCAGGCAAAGCUCA